UGAGACAGAAGAACUAUUGUGGAGUCGUAGACGGGGUCUGCAGUAUGGAGUUUUUUCAAGACAUGACUGUCAGCAUUGAUGGCGCUGUUUGCAAAGAUCCUGGAAGAUUAAUGAAGAUUCUUGAACCUUACAGUCCUGAGAAAAAUGGUUCCUUCUACAACGUGAGAGGAACAUAUGAGGAAAUGAAAAAUCUUGAAGUCACACUGUCAGCAUUGAGGCCAUUUUCCAAUUCUGCCACACAUGAACCAGCCAAUCAGCUGGGUGAACAGGCUCCAAUGCCUGUUAAACCAGUGGAUGUAUCCUGGAUUGCUAUGUCCUACAUUGAGCAGCAAUGCGCAAAAGAGCUUAGCAAAAUUCUAGGGAACAAUUUUUACAUUGAAAAACAGCCUGACAUGAAAACAGUGAAAAACAACCCCACUAGCACAGUACAUUUGAUUGUCAGACAACACCAUGACUCCACAUACCAUGUUCCUGCUGACUGUGUCAGACAACGAUUCAUCACUUUUUACCAGAGGACUGUCUCUGACCUGGAGGUCACAUCUCUCUCUGUGGGUUCACAUGACCACAAAGAGCUGCAGAAGAGAUUUCCACAGCUCCUUUUUGAACCCAGCCACAAGAAAUAUGAAGUAACAGUGACCGGCCCUUUUGUGCACAUUGCUAGAUUAAAAGAGUUUAUUUUACAAAAUACACUAAGCUCGAGGAAGACUCAAUUGCACAGAGGUCCAGCUGUCUCUCCAAAGAGUUGUAACUCAGGCACCUUACCCACACAUAGCAAAGAUCCUGAAGAUGAAUCAUGUCCAAUCUGUAUGGAACCAAUUGUCACAACAGAGAAAAAGACUCUGCGGUGCAAGCACUCAUUCUGCACACAAUGCCUGAAAACAGCUUUUGAGUAUAAGCCAGUCUGCCCGACAUGUGGAGAGAUAUACAGCCCUUUGAGAGGGACACAACCAGAUGGAGGCAGAAUGGAUGUCACCCAGAAGUCUUCAUCUUUGCCUGGAUAUGAGAGAUAUGGAACAAUAAUCAUCCAUUAUACUAUUCCAAGUGGCAUCCAAAAGAUGGAGCAUCCCAACCCUGGUCAGCCAUAUGAAGGGGCAUCUCGUACAGCCUACCUGCCAGACUCCUCAGAGGGCGGGAGGGUCCUGAAACUACUGAGACAAGCCUUUGAUCAGAGACUCAUCUUCACUGUUGGUCACUCCACCACUAGUGGCAGGAACAAUGUUGUCACAUGGAAUGAUAUUCACCACAAAACUGGGACACAUGGAGGACCAACUCACUAUGGAUACCCGGAUCCUGAUUAUCUUAACCGAGUUCAAGAUGAGCUGAAAGCCAAGGGAAUCAAAUGAGUCACAUUAAGGCUUGAACUUUGCUACGGUGACAUUUUAAAUAACACAAUUAUCUCAAAAAGUAUGUUUGUAUGUAUACAAACACCAUCACACUUUCAAAAGUGCACACACAAUUAAAUGUAAGGCAUUAUGCUAUAAUGGACUACAAACAGGAGGGAUAAUGUCCUUUUAAUGUAAUUUGAUGUACUAUAAUAAGUCCACCAUACAAAGAUCCUUAUUGAUAAUGUUCUUUAUUGUUCCUUAAUGGGUAUUCUGCUAGGGUUUUUGUUUGUUAAAUUGUGUUAUUAUUUAUGUUCAGAUAAUGUGUCAGUAAUUAAACUAGAUAUAAAAUAAUAUAAAAUAUAUCUUAUACAAUAAAUUCUUUGGUCUGUUGAAGCUUUACUAAACUUCCUGACUAUCCUGGACUAUCUUAUUUGUAUAGAGAAUUUCACAAAUAGCUUGUGUUUCCAGUGUUAAAGUAUUUGUAUUUGGUCUAAGCACAGAAGCACUGGUAAAAUGAGAUGUUGUUUGGUGUGAAGGAUUUAAGUAUUACUAAACCUUCUGGUUGAAGCAGCUACCAACAGGCCACAACACAGACUGAAUGCUUUGAUGGCAAAAAAAAGAAAGGAUCUUCUUCUCUUGUCACCACUGUGCAUUUAGCUUGGUGUUGGUUUCAGUAAGGACGUACUCACACUAGGCAAUCGUACCGUGCCCAAGCACGUUUGCCCCCUAAA